AUGGCCCAGCCAGUUGCCGACUCAGGCGAGGAUUAUGACUACGAAUCCCUGCCCCCCAACUUUUCCUUGUUGCAAAAUAUGGCAGCCGGGGCCUUUGCCGGCAUUGCGGAACAUACUGUCAUGUAUCCCAUCGAUGCGAUCAAGACAAGGAUGCAAGUUCUCAAUCCGAAUUCUACGACAGCUUAUAGGGGCGUUCUUCGCAGUACCUAUCAGAUAGCAUCAAGAGAAGGUUUCUUCAGCUUGUGGCGCGGAAUGUCUAGUGUCAUAGUAGGAGCGGGACCGGCGCAUGCCGUAUAUUUUGCCACAUACGAAGCUGUCAAGCAUGCUAUGGGCGGAAACAAGGCCGGAGUGCAUCAUCCCUUUGCCGCCGCCACAAGUGGUGCUGCUGCCACCAUUGCCAGCGACGCUUUUAUGAAUCCUUUUGACGUCAUCAAACAACGAAUGCAAAUUCAAGACUCGAGCAAGAUGUAUCGAUCGAUGGUUGACUGCGCGAAAUAUGUCUACCGAAACGAAGGCAUAGGCGCGUUCUACAUAUCAUACCCUACCACCUUGUCCAUGACGGUGCCGUUCACUGCGUUACAAUUCCUUGCAUACGAAUCUAUUUCAACCGCCAUGAACCCAGAGAAGGAGUAUGACCCCGUAACGCAUUGCCUGGCGGGAGCCAUCGCAGGAGGACUCGCUGCCGGCCUUACCACUCCCAUGGACGUGAUCAAGACGAUUUUGCAGACCCGGGGUACGUCGACGGACCCGCAAGUACGGAACGUUAACGGCUUCCUGGGAGGAUGCCAGCUACUCUACCAGAGGGAAGGCUUUCGAGGAUUUUUCAAGGGCGUACGGCCACGAGUAGUCACCACUAUGCCUAGCACAGCCAUCUGCUGGUCUGCAUAUGAGUUCUCAAAGGCAUAUUUCAUUAAGCGAAACGACUCUUCGUGA